AUGUGGCUCGACGAUUCGUUAAUGUUGUCACCGUAUUUUGAAAUAAUCUUCGUAAUACAGAUUUUUAGCGCGUUCCUGGUUGGUACGUGCUACCAUUGCUUCGACAAUCUUUUAUUCGUUAUAAAUCUGCACAUUGCCAGUCAAUUUCGUAUUUUGCAAUACAGAUUUUCAAAUAUAUGCGAUAUAAAUGACCGCGAACGUUAUACAACUUUGGAAAGAUCGUCGUACACCAUAGAUAAAUACGCAACGUUUAAAACUUACGUCAAACAACAUCAAAUGCUCAUUGAAUAUUGUACUAAACUCGAGAAUGUGUUCAGUGUAAUAGCACUCGUGCAGGUGAUACUCUUCAGCUUAUUAAUUUGUCUCGAUGGAUAUUUGAUACUUAUGGUUAGUAGCAAUCGCGUUGCAUCGUCGUAUUCCGAAGAGAUUGCUCGAAUAAAACGUCUUACUUUCAUAUUUCAUGUAAUGGGUUGUAUGUGUCAAUUAUUAAUGUUCACGUACAGUUGUAAUUGCUUGAUAGAAGACAGCGAAUAUGUGAUGAACGCCAUUUACACGAGUUCAUGGUCGCUCCUGCCAAUGGACAAAUAUGGAAAAAUGUUACGCAAAGAUUUGAUGUUCGUCAUGAUGAGAUCCAGAGCACCCUGUUGCUUGACUGCCUGUGGAUUCUUCGCUGUAUCGCUGGAAACAUAUACAGGAGUAAGCAAUAUUGUGUACGUCUUAUAGCUAUCGAUUUAGUCCUUUUGUCGUGGAAACCUC